AUGUCUACCAAUUGGAAUACUUGGAAAUUGAAAAGAAUAAGUGCAAGUAAUAUAUGUCAAGCAUUCAAAGAAGUCACCGAUAAUGACACUGUACUGCUCAUCCAGUCUGAAUUGUUCAAUUACAUAAAUCAUGUAAUAACAUUUUCUGAUUUGAUUAAGGACACGCCGGUUAGGAAAAUUUUACGAGUCGAUAAUAAUACAACAAAUGAUUUAAGGAGCAUAUUAGGGUCAAUGCCCCAUAUCGAAAUUAUUUUAUUGAUAGAUAUUAGAGCAUCUUUAAAAAUUCCUUUUGAGAUAAGAAAUUUCCUGAAAGAAUUCAAAGACCUGCCUGUUACCAUUGUUUAUUGCUCUUGGCAAACUGAAAUAACGGAUGCAUUGAUAGAAAAGAAAGAUACGGUGUUUUUGGAGUCAUAUCAAUUGAACAAUGUAAGACAUCUCAUUAAUCAUCAGUUAGCAAUUACUGAUAGGAAAAUAAAACUUAAGAAAUGUACGUUAUAUCCAUUCCCCACACUUGAUGAUGAUGUUUUGUCCUUAGAUAUAUUAUAUUCAGCAGACAAUGAAAAUAGAUAUGUUCCAUACCUGCAAUCUAUUGAAAAUGCAUCCAGAGAUGUCAUGAUAGAUAACAUAUCAAAUUGCAUCUUGUCUCUUCUCAAGGAACAUAAGUCAAUAGUUACCAAUUUUGUUGGAGUAGGAAACGAAGCACAACUACUAGGUCAACUGCUGAAAAGUAGAAUUGAUAGAGAUAUUGAUGAAAAGCAAGCUUUCAUAAGAGAAGGGUUAUUUGGGGAUAAAUUUCCUAGUGGACUGGAAACUGAUUUGAUUGUGUUUGAUAGAUCAAUGGAUCCAAUUACUCCUCUUCUGACAGAGCUCACUUAUGCAGGUAUGGUUAACACAUUAUUUGACGGAUAUCUAGAUAUUGAAAUUGAUGAAGAAAAGGUUCAUUUUGAUUAUCAGAAAGACGACUUUUGGGAUGAAAUGAAAUUUAUGAAUUUUGGGUCAAUUGGGCCCCGAUUGAAUCAGAGUGCAAAACAGUUACAAAAGAAAUACGACGACAGGCAUAAUGCUGAGAGUUUAGGGGAAAUAAAGAACUUUGUGGACUCAUUAGGUCAUCUGCAGGAGACUCAGAGAUAUUUGAAGCAACACACCAUUACUUCUACAAAAAUUUUGAAUGAAGUUGAAAACAACGAAGCCUUGCAAUUCAACCGAAUUAUUGAAUUUGAACAAGACGUAUUAUCCGAUAAUCUUGACCACAAAGCUUGUAAUGAUUUCAUACAGGAUCUAAUCUUUGAGGGAGAUGUUGCGUCGGAUUUAAUUAUUCGCUUAAUUAGUUUGGUGUCUAUAUGCAAAUGUGGUCUACGAGAAAAGGACUUUUUAUCGAUUAAGAAAUCCAUGGUAGAUAGAUUUGGCAUAAAUAUAUUAUUUGACAUCGAGAGGUUAACAGAAGCAGGUAUUCUUGUUACUAAAAAUACAAUUACGAAAAACAAAAAAGCUGGUACAACAGAGGAUCUAAGAGCACCCUAUGGUAGGAAUGUGUCCAAUACUAUUAUUAAGGAAUACAGGAGCAUUGCAAAAUGGUUUGCAACGCUUCCAGUAGGUUCAAAUGAUGAUGCCCAAGAUAUAUCAAAUCCUAAAGAACCUGAUUUUGCAUUUUGCGGUGUUGUGCCCUUGAGUAUGAGAAUAAUACAAGCAUUUUAUGAUCGCUCGAUAUUGUCAAAAACAUAUAAUGCACAGCAACCAUAUAUAAUAUCUAAGGAACCGAAAGUGACAAAACUAGAAACUCUAUUCUCCCAAGUCUAUUGUAACUCAAAGCAUAUCAGUUCUGAGCGGUGGGUUCCCGAACCUAAGGUCAACAAACUACCAAAUACGACGGGUAAGAAAGAUAAUGACGACCACCCAGAUAUAGCUAUAAUUGUAUUCUUGGGAGGAGUAACAAUUGGCGAAUUGGCAACACUAAAACACUUAAAGGGUAAAUUAAGAGAUAAGGGAAUCAAGAAGCGCUUUCUCAUUAUUACAGACGGCAUUUUAAAGAAAUAG